UAAAUAACAUUUUCUACACAAGCUGAAGCUCUUUCACCACAUUUUCUCGAGUAUUGUUCACCUGUCGAGGAUGGAAAACUAAUGGCCUUUCUCAUGUUGGAGGCUAGCUGUUCACUCUGAAGGUGCAGGAUGAAAAGAUGGCACAGCUGCUUGUACCACCAGGACCAGACAGCUUCCGCCCCUUUAGUCGCGAGUCCCUCUCUGCCAUCGAGAGACGGAUCUCCGAAGAGAAAGCUAAGAAACCAAAGGGAGAGAAGAAAAAACGCAAUGAUGAGGAUGAGCUUAAGCCCAGUCGUGACCUGGAGGAGGGCAAAUCACUUCCUCUUCUGUAUGGGGACAUUCCUAAAGGAAUGGUCUCAAAACCAUUGGAGGACCUGGAUCCAUACUACAGCAAUCAGAGAACUUUCAUAGUAUUAAACAAAGGAAAGUACAUCUUCCGCUUCAAUGCCGCUCCUGCCUUGUACUUCCUGAGCCCCUUCAACCCUCUUAGAAGAAUAUCAAUAUGGAUUUUGGUACACUCAUUGUUCAACAUGGUGAUCAUGUGCACUAUCAUCACCAACUGUGCAUUUAUGACAAUGAAAGAAACGGGAAAGAAUGUAGAAUACACAUUUACUGCAAUCUAUACAUUUGAAUCCCUCAUUAAAAUUUUAGCGCGAGGGUUCUGUAUGGGGAAGUUCACAUUUCUUAGAGAUCCCUGGAACUGGCUGGAUUUCUCUGUCAUUGUUAUGGCGUACGUAACAGAGUUUGUGAGCCUAGGCAAUUUCUCAGUUCUUCGCACAUUCAGAGUGCUGAGAGCUUUUAAAGCUAUUUCAGUUAUCCCAGGCCUGAAAACCAUCGUUGGUGCAUUGUUCCAGUCAGUGAAGAAGCUGUCUGACGUGAUGAUCCUCACCGUCUUCUGCCUGAGUGUCUUUGCCCUCAUAGGGUUACAAUUGUUUAUGGGUAAUUUACAGCAAAAGUGUGUACUGAAUGUUGCAAACGGGAGUAAUACAGGCCAACAAGCUGACCAGGGAAACUGCACAACUGGGUCCGAGCUCAAUAAGAGUUGUUAUUAUUACCUCCCAGGCAAACGGGAUCCAUUGCUUUGUGGAAACACCAGUGAAGCUGGGCAGUGUCCAGAGGGGUACAUAUGCAAAAAAGUGGGAAGGAACCCCGACUAUGGUUACACCAGCUUCGACUCAUUUGGUUGGGCCUUCCUUUCUCUGUUUAGACUGAUGACCCAGGAUUACUGGGAAAAUCUCUACCAGCAGACGUUACGGGCAGCUGGAAAGCCCUACAUGCUCUUUUUCGUGCUGGUGAUAUUCCUUGGUUCCUUCUACCUGGUCAACCUGAUCUUGGCUGUAGUGGCUAUGGCAUAUGAGGAGCAGAGUCAGGCGACCAUUAAGGAGGCUAAGGAGAAGGAGGAGGAGUUUCAGGCCAUGCUUGAGCAGCUGAGGCAGCAGCAAGAGGAUGCACAGGCAGCAGCAAUGGCAGAUGCUGCAGAGAGUGGGGAGGUCAGUGAUAAAGGUGGCGGCACUGAGAGCUCAUCAGACAACUCCAAGCUCAGCUCCAAAAGUGCCAAAGAGAGACGCAACAGGAGAAGAAAAAAAAAAGUGGAGGAGGGCAAAGGGGCUGAUGAGAAGUUUCCAAAAUCCGAGUCUCAGGACAGUAUACGCAAGGCUGCGCGAUGCCGCUUCUCUGUGGAUGCAAACCUGCUCAACUAUGACAUGAAAUGCUCGUCUGCACAUCAGUCCUUUCUAAGUUUUCGUGGACCCCUUUUGUCAUUGCGACGGAACAGCAGGACCAGCAUUUUCAGUUUCCGAAGCCAAACACAGGACAUGGGCUCAGAAAAUGAGUUUGCCGAUGAUGAGAACAGCAUUUUUGAGGACAACCUGAGUCGGAGGGGCUCCUUGUUUGUUCCCCGGAGGUGUGAUCGACGCAGCAGCAGCAUGAGCCAGUGCAGCUUCUUGUCACAUUUCCUACAUCCAUCCAAUGGGAUCAAGCACAGCACUGUGGACUGCAAUGGGAUUGUGUCUCUGGUGGGUGGGAAUUCACUCCCAUCAUCACCUGCGGGGCUCCUUCUGCCUAAAGCUGACACCACUGACACAGAGUACAAACAGACUGGCGGAGGAACACACCGGGAGUCUAUUGACUUCCUCGAGGCCCCAGCAGCCAGAGACAGAACUUAUAGUGUAGCUAGUGUCAUAACCAGCACACUGGAGGAGUUGGAAGAGUCGAGGCAGAAGUGUCCUCCUUGCUGGUACAAGUUCGCCCACGCCCUCCUCAUCUGGGAAUGUUGUCCAGCAUGGCUAAAGGUCAAGAAAGUGGUUAAACUAAUUGUAAUGGAUCCAUUCGCGGACCUAAUCAUCACCACCUGCAUUGUGCUCAACACAUUAUUUAUGGCCAUGGAGCAUUAUCCAAUGUCUGAGAGUUUCACCCAAAUGCUGUAUGUGGGCAAUGUGGUGUUCACUAGCAUCUUCACAGCUGAAAUGGUCCUAAAGAUCAUUGCUCUGGACCCAUACUACUACUUUCAGGAGGGAUGGAAUAUUUUUGAUGGAAUUAUUGUCAGUUUAAGCUUGAUGGAGUUUUGUUUGACAAGUGCGGUUGGCAUGUCUGUCCUGAGAUCAUUCAGAUUGCUGAGAGUAUUCAAGUUGGCUAAAUCAUGGCCCACUCUUAACACACUGAUCAAAAUAAUUGGUAACUCAGUGGGGGCUUUGGGUAACCUGACCCUGGUGCUGGCCAUCAUCGUCUUCAUCUUUGCUGUAGUGGGCAUGCAACUGUUUGGAAAAAACUACAAGGACUGUGUGUGUAAAAUCUCACCCAGCUGCAGUCUGCCCCGUUGGCACAUGGAUGACUUCUUUCAUUCAUUCCUCAUUGUGUUCCGAGUGCUUUGUGGAGAGUGGAUAGAGACCAUGUGGGACUGUAUGGAGGUGUCUUCUUCACCUUCUUCUUCUUCUGGAGCGGCCAUGUGCAUCAUAGUCUUCAUGAUGGUCAUGGUUAUUGGAAACCUUGUGGUGCUGAACCUGUUCCUGGCCCUGCUGCUGAGUUCAUUCAGUGCUGACAACCUGGCAGCGACGGAAGAUGACAGCGACAUGAACAAUUUGCAGAUUGCCAUUGGACGGAUUCACAAAGGCAUUGCCUUUGCCAAGUCCCUUCUCCGAAGCACCUGCAACAGUGUCUGUCUCAGGGAUAAGAACAAAAAGAAGGGUGAGGACAAAUCCCUGGAUGAGCUCCACAAACCUUUAGGACCAAAUGGGGUCCCCAACUAUACAAUCAAAGACCCCAGGAAUGGCAACGGGGAUGUGAUUGGAGUGGACAAAAAUGGCGACAAGUACAUUGUCAGCAGCAAGAGUGAUGAUUCCAUAAUGUCUUUCAUCAACAAUCCCAGUCUGACUGUCACUGUUCCUAUUGCUGUGGUAGAGUCUGACUUUGAAAACCUCAACACGGAGGACUUCAGCAGUGCCUCAUCUGAUGCAGCAGUAUGCCCAAUGAAUGUAGAUGACGAUGGCCAGCUCAGCUCCUCAGAGGGCAGCACAGUGGACUAUGGGGAAGGUGGGGAGGGAAGAGAAUCUAUAGAUUUUGAAUUAAACGAAUCUAUGGAUCCUGACGCCUGCUUUCCUGCUGGCUGUGUGCAAAAGUUCCAGUGUUGUCAGGUAAAUGUGGAGGUGGGCUGGUGGAAAAUAUGGUGGACACUAAGAAAAACCUGUUAUCAGAUAGUGGAGCACAACUGGUUUGAGAGCUUCAUCAUCUUCAUGAUCCUGCUUAGCAGUGGGGCACUGGCAUUUGAAGAUAUCUACAUUGAGAAGAGGAAGACCAUUAAAACGGUGUUGGAGUUUUCAGACAAAAUCUUUACCUACAUCUUCAUUCUGGAGAUGUUACUGAAAUGGGUUGCGUAUGGAUUUGCCAAGUAUUUCACAAAUGCCUGGUGUUGGCUGGAUUUCCUCAUUGUUGAUGUUUCACUGGUCAGUCUGGUAGCCAAUACCAUGGGAUGUGCUGAACUUGGUGCCAUCAAGUCUCUGAGAACCCUGCGAGCUCUGAGGCCCCUGAGAGCCCUGUCACGAUUUGAGGGCAUGAGGGUGGUUGUCAAUGCUCUGCUAGGAGCCAUUCCUUCCAUCUUCAAUGUGCUGUUGGUAUGUCUCAUCUUCUGGCUCAUCUUCAGCAUCAUGGGAGUCAACCUAUUCGCAGGAAAGUACUACCAUUGUGUCAACACAACCACAAAUGAGAUGCUCCUUAGAGAGGUAGUGAAGAACAAGUCAGAGUGUGAUGCCUUGGGGAAAGACGUUGCUCACUGGAAGAAUGUUAAAAUCAACUUUGACAAUGUUGGCAUGGGUUACCUUGCACUGCUGCAAGUGGCUACGUUCAAGGGCUGGACGAAAAUAAUGUAUGCUGCUGUUGACUCUCCACUCAAGCAAGAAGACCAACCAAAGUAUGAGAUCAACCUGAAGAUGUACAUGUAUUUUGUUGUUUUCAUCAUAUUUGGAGCCUUCUUCACACUCAAUCUCUUCAUUGGUGUCAUUAUAGACAAUUUCAAUCAACAAAAGAAAAAGUUUGGAGGUCAAGACAUCUUCAUGACUGAAGAACAGAAGAAAUACUACAACGCCAUGAAAAAGUUGGGAUCAAAGAAACCACAAAAACCUAUUCCUAGACCAUCAAACAAGAUUCAAGGAUACCUCUUUGACUUCACCACGAAACAAGCAUUUGACAUUGUAAUAAUGGUUCUCAUAUGGCUCAAUAUGGUAGCUAUGAUGGUGGAAACUGCUGAGCAGUCACCACGAAAGAAAAACAUUCUAUACAAUGUUAAUCUGGUCUUCAUUAUCCUCUUCACUGGAGAGUGUUUGUUGAAGAUGAUCUCACUCCGCCAGUACUAUUUCACAAAUGGGUGGAAUAUAUUUGAUUUCAUCGUGGUCAUUCUGUCAAUCAUUGGCACAUUUCUCUCAGAUCUGAUUGAGACGUAUUUUGUUUCACCAACCUUGUUCAGAGUCAUCCGAUUGGCUCGAAUUGGCCGCAUCCUCCGCCUUAUUAAAAGUGCCAAAGGAAUCCGCACACUCUUGUUUGCCUUGAUGAUGUCACUUCCUGCCUUGUUCAACAUUGGUCUCUUGCUCUUCUUGGUUAUGUUUAUUUAUGCCAUCUUUGGCAUGUCAAACUUUGCUUAUGUCAAAAAAGAAGAGGGCAUUGAUGACCUUUUCAAUUUCGAGACAUUUGGAAACAGCAUGAUCUGUUUGUUCCAGAUCACCACGUCCGCAGGAUGGGAUGGCCUGCUAGCUCCCAUUCUUAACAAAAAUGAAGACGAGUGCGACAAUGCCACGGAGCAUCCUGGUAGUUCUGUUAAAGGAGACUGUGGAAAUCCUCCUGUGGGAAUUGCUUUCUUUGUGAGCUACAUCAUCAUCUGUUUCCUUAUUGUGGUGAAUAUGUACAUUGCAGUCAUUCUGGAAAACUUCAGUGUGGCCACUGAGGAGAGUGCAGAACCACUGAGUGAGGAUGAUUUUGAAAUGUUUUAUGAGGUCUGGGAGGAGUUUGACCCUGAUGCAACCCAGUUCAUGGAGUACAAUAAACUUUCAGAUUUUGCUGAUGCUCUGGAGCCACCAUUACGCAUAGCUAAGCCUAACAAGAUCGAACUGAUCUCUAUGGAUCUCCCUAUGGUGAGUGGAGAACGCAUUCACUGCCUGGACAUCCUGUUUGCAUUCACGAAACGUGUUCUAGGCGAGGGUGGGGAGAUGGACAUCCUAAGGGGGCAGAUGGAGGAGCGCUUCAUGGCCUCCAAUCCUUCCAAAGUGUCCUACGAACCCAUCACUACCACCCUUCGCCGCAAACAGGAGGACACAUCGGCCGUGGUCAUCCAGAGAGCAUUCAGACAGUAUGCAAGGAGACAUGCUACCAUUAAGCCCUCUGACAAAUCCAGGGAUAACAUUCAGAAGGAUGAAACACUCAGUGACAAAGAGGAUCUUGUCACAGACAAACUCAAUGUUUCUAGUGCGGAUAAAAAUGACCUAACACCUUCAACAGCCUCUCAACCUCCAUGUAACAGUGUGACAACAAAUGGAAAAAACAAAUAUGAAAAAGACAAAAGUGAAAAGGAGGUUAUGGGCAAAGAUGUCAGGGAGCAAGAUAUAUGAAAGAAUAUUGGAGAUGCAACAAAAACAUUUUCAUUAAUGACAAAAUGUUUACAACCUCUGAAAGUGACUAAGACAUCCAUUUGACUCCCUCUCUUAGUAUGGAUAACUAUGCCAAAUUGACCAUGCUUAACUGAGUCUAAAGGUUGGUACCUAAAAGGGAAAAUUGGUUCAUUCAGGCAGUAGUGGGACCAUUUCGUUUAGGCUGUUUUCAGGAGCAAGGAAGCCUUUUGGCUCUUUGUGAGGUUGGGCAACAUUUCUCAAAGUGUUCUAAAAGACACAUUAGUUAAUGCUUCAACUUCUAUUGCGGCUAGUUCUGCUAUCCAGUGUCUUGAAUUAUGUUAUAUCACUGACUGUUUGUUAAUUUACCUACUUAUUUUUCAAGCAGAAAAAAACAGUUUUAAUGUUAUUACUUUUAGAAUGAAUAGCUUGGUUGAUCGCCUUUUUAUACACUUUUUUUACUCUUCAAAAGGGUUGUCCCUUCAGGGGUAGUUUUUACAAUGAGCAGCAUUGCUUUGAGGCUAGUCUUGCUAACUGAUAGCACUUAAAAUACUUGACAAAUCCAAGAGACAAUGUUGGAGUUGCUGCAGUUAACUAGCGAUGCAGACCUGCAUGAAUGUUUCUCCAUGAUUAUGCAUGCUAGAGUGUACUAUUUUCAUCAGCCUCCUUCCCUCCCUGUCCAUUACACGUCAUGAUGCAAAGUAUACAGUCACGACAUGGGUGUUUUUAUACAAUAACUUCAAAAUCCAGCCAAGUACGUCAAGUAUGUUUGAGUAUCAGUGUCAGAGCAGUAACACUUGGCAGAAAUACUUUGCACAUUCAGUUUUGUUGAAUCAUCAAGAACACUCACAUACGUCAUCUCAGCUUGCUGUGUGCUACCAUUGUUCCAUUUACGAUAUUAGUGAUUACUUGCAACUUUUAUCAUGAAACUGCUAAAAGCAGACUCCUGAACUGAAGGACUGUCUUUCAAUGCUGGAAAUUCAAGAAAAAUUUUGUUUGCACACUGUAAAUGACCCUGUUCUAAGUUACCUCGCUUAACCACAAACCUCUGACAGUUUGCUCUGGGAAGAUUAUCUGUAAUAUUGUCUGUUUGUAGGACAGGAGCAUCACUAGUUAGUGCUUAAAAUGUUUAGCAUCUCCAAAGUAUAGGUCUCCUCCGUGUAUCUACUUGUCCCUCAUUUUGUCUGUUUUCUUUCUUACUUGUUUUUGAUGAUGAACCUCAAUAUGUAUUCCAUAAUGAGUAUGGAAUUAUGGAACAAUUAAUAUUUAUUAGCUGUGAUAUAAAACAAAUACUGCAUAUUCUUCAUGUUCUGUUGUAUUCAGGCAGACAGGGAUAUGAUACAUCCAGCAGUCGCUGUAAGGUAAAAAAAAAAAUGUAUAUGUCUAUGAAAAAAGUUAUAUGAAUUGUCAUUUUUCUUAACAAGACAAAGCCCUGUGUUUAAUUACUGGUGAUGUUAUAUGAUUAUGCUAAGAUUUUUUUUAAUUCAACCUUUAACUGCAUAUUUUUAUUUGGCAAUGACAACUGGGAAAAAGGACAAUUGAUGUUUUAUUUUUUGUGUGUGCUUUGUAAACUGUUUUUCACAGUUUACCUCUCAAUCUUUAUCAUGAUAAAUAUCUAAGUCGGACAGAUGAUGGCUCGGAAUAUUAUGAAUGAUUGUCUCAAGGAUAUGGCAUUACACAUCGUGUGUGCCCUUGGCUGUUUCCUACUUCUGUUUACAUUUUAUAGUGCCAGUUCUGUUACUUGUCAGGUCUUCCCAUAGCUAUGACAUCAACCCUAAACUGUGUCGCAACUACAUCUGUUGUUCCAUGUUAUAAAAGUAUAAUUCCAUUAAUGUAAGUAUAUUUUGCAUGUAAUUAAUACACCCAAUACUUACACUAUACUUUAUACAUAACGAAAGAAUGUUUUGAUUACAUAGAAUUUAACAUUUCCCAUCAUUCAUAUGCAUAAUGUUUGUAGUGUAUAAAAAACUGCAUGCAAGACACUGCUAUAACCCAUUUCACUGAAAAGCCA